UUUACCUUCUUGAGGGUUCCUGCUGCACUCAGCAUCUGGAUCCUCGAGUGCUUUUCGCCAAGGACCCCUGCGACACCUAGCGAUCUCCUGACUAAGGCCAGGGGUGCAUCCGAACCGGGAGAACGACCAUGCUUUUGGCCCAGAGGAGACUCUUCUCCCUUGGCUGCAGAGCAAAGCCCAUAAAGACCAUUUACUCUUCGAAAGUCCUCGGCCUCGCCACUUCUGCCAAAAUGGCUUCGAGAUUCAAAAACGCCAAACGAAUCGAAGGCCUAGAUCAGAAUGUGUGGGUUGAAUUUACUAAGUUGGCUGCAGAUCCUUCUGUUGUGAAUCUUGGACAAGGCUUUCCAGAUAUAUCCCCUCCUUCAUAUGUAAAAGAAGAAUUAUCAAAGGCUGCAUUUGUUGAUAACCUGAAUCAAUACACAAGGGGCUUUGGCCAUCCGGCACUUGUGAAAGCUCUAUCCUGCUUGUAUGGAAAGAUUUAUCAACAUCCAAUUGAUCCAAACGAAGAAAUCCUUGUGACAGUGGGGGGAUAUGGCUCUCUCUACAACUCCAUCCAAGGACUGGUGGAUCCAGGCGAUGAAGUGAUAAUUAUGGUGCCCUUUUACGACUGUUAUGAGCCCAUGGUGAGGAUGGCGGGAGCAGUGCCUGUGUUUAUUCCCCUGAGAUCUAGGCGUACUGACAGGAUGAAGUGGACCAGUUCUGACUGGACAUUCGACCCUCAGGAACUGGAAAGUAAAUUCAGUUCCAAAACGAAAGCCAUUAUAUUAAAUACUCCGCACAACCCCAUCGGCAAGGUGUAUACCAGAGAGGAGCUGCAAGUCAUCGCCGACCUCUGCAUCAAGCACGACACUCUGUGCAUCAGCGAUGAGGUCUAUGAAUGGCUUGUCUAUACCGGACACAAGCACAUAAAGAUAGCCACUCUUCCAGGGAUGUGGGAGAGAACAGUAACAAUAGGAAGUGCUGGCAAGACCUUCAGUGUGACCGGCUGGAAGGUGAGAGAGAGGGGCGCCUGGAAGCUGGGCUGGAGCAUUGGCCCUGGUCACCUGAUAAAACAUUUACAGACUGUUCAGCAAAACAGUUUAUACACUUGUGCAACACCUUUACAGGCAGCCUUGGCGGAGGCUUUUUGGAUCGAUAUCAAGCGCAUGAAUGACCCAGAGUGUUACUUUAAUUCUCUGCCAAAGGAAUUGGAAGUAAAGAGAGAUCGGAUGGCCCAUUUGCUUAACAGCAUUGGCCUGGAACCCAUUGUUCCUGACGGGGGUUACUUCAUCAUCGCGGAUGUGUCUUCAUUAGGUGCUGACCUCUCUGAUGUGAAGAGUGAUGAGCCUUAUGACUACAAGUUUGUGAAGUGGAUGACGAAAAACAAGAAAUUGUCAGCCAUUCCUGUUUCUGCAUUCUGCGACUCCAAGUCAAAACCACAGUUUGAGAAGUUGGUGCGGUUUUGCUUUAUUAAAAAAGACAGCACACUGGAUGCUGCCGAAGAAAUCUUCAGGGGUUGGAACAGCCAGAAGCUUUGACUGUUGCUGGUGUGCCAGGUCCAUCUUCCUGCAAGGACUUGCUACUCAGUGCUGCCACCUCGUGGGCACUAAAAAGAAACACGUAUCAGAACAAACCUUGAAAUAAACAUUUCCAUUGUCUCCAGAGUUAA